AUGGUGAAGGCAGUAGUGAUUAUCACUGUAAGUGAUACCUGUUUUAAGAACCAUGCCAAAGAUGAGUCAGGACCAGCCUUGGUUCAACUUGUUAAGGAGCAGUUUCCAGAUGCAUACAUCCAUACAAUUAUUGUUCCCGAUGAAAAGGAAUUAAUUGAACGCGAGCUUAAGUACUUUUGUGAAUCAAACAUUGAUUUAAUUCUGACAACGGGAGGAACGGGCUUGAGUAGUAGAGAUGUGACCCCAGAAGCCACCAAAGCUGUUAUACAGAGGGAAGUUCCUGCAAUUCCAAUUGCUAUGACCUUAGAAAGUCUUAAAAAGACUCCUAUGGCUAUGUUAUCAAGAGCGAUGGCAGGAAUAAGAGAUAGGACUUUGAUUAUUAAUUUCCCAGGAAGUAAAAAGGCAGUUGUAGAGUGUAUAGAAGUUGUAAAACCAGUUUUAUCUCAUGCUGUUUCAUUGUUAGCAAAUGAUCUUGUUGAAGUUAGAGCUGUUCAUGAUCAAAUGCAAAGUGGGUGCCCUCAUAAAACUAGCAGAGUAGUUUUGAGUAAAGUGGCAUUAAGGCACAGAGAGUCACCAUACCCAAUGCUCGAGAUGACAGAGGCGUUUAAUAUAGUGGAUGCUGUUAUGAUGCACUGGACUGAGAGGGUAGAGGAAGUGCCUAUUGAUCAAAGUAUGGGCAAAGUGGGAGCACAACCAAUAUUGGCUAAAGAACCAAUGCCACCAUUUCCAGCCUCUGUUAAGGAUGGCUACGCCUGUUUAAGUUGGGACGGGGUUGGUAUACGCAAAGUGCGUUCAGCUGUGACAGCUGGGGAUACGCCCGCUGCCCCGCUUGCAUCGGGCGAAUGCGCUCGUGUAAAUACAGGCGCGCCCAUACCUACGGGAGCUGAUUGUGUGGUUCAGGUUGAGGAUACGAAACUGGUGAAAGCCACAGAUGAUGCCGAGACAGAGCUGGAAGUAGAGAUUUUAGUAGCUCCCCAACCGCAUCAAGAUGUACGACCAAUUGGUUUUGACAUAUCUUUGGGUGCUGUGCUCUUGGAAAAAGGUGAUUUAAUCGAUGCAGCAAAGAUAGGAAUUUUGGCUGGCGCUGGCUACCUUAAAGUGCCCGUAAGAGUUUGUCCCAAGGUUGCGAUAUUAUCAACAGGCAACGAGUUGCAAGAACCGUUUGAGAAAACACUUCGUCCUUCGCACAUAAGAGAUUCCAAUAGGAUUAUGCUGAAAAUGCUUCUUAGGGAACACGGUUACGACAGCAUAGACUGUGGUAUUGCCCGGGACGAGCCCGCAGAGUUAGCGUCUGCGAUCGCGGGCGCAUUGGCCAAAUGCGAUAUACUUGUAUGUACGGGUGGCGUUUCUAUGGGCGAAAGGGAUCUACUCAAACCUGUGCUUGCUAAUGAUUUCGGAGCGACGAUCCAUUUUGGCCGCGUGCGCAUGAAACCGGGCAAGCCCAGCACGUUUGCUACAUGUGAUUAUGAAGGAAGAACCAAAUUUAUAUUUGCUCUGCCAGGAAAUCCAGUGUCAGCAUAUGUUUGCAGCUUAUUAUUCGUAGUGCGUGCACUACGUCAAUGUACACGUUAUACGAGCGAGUUCGCCCGUAUGCGUGUACGUCUCGCGCGUGACGUCAAACUCGAUCCAAGACCUGAGUACGCACGUGCUGUUCUUCACUUCCCUGAGAAUGAGGAGUUACCUGUUGCUACGUUGCUAGGCAACCAGUGCAGUAGUAGACUACUUAGUGCUUCUGGAGCCAGUGUGUUACUUGAAUUACCAGGUGCUAGUGAAACUUGUAAAGUUUUACCAACAAACUCUGUUGUAUCAGCACUUGUUACUGGAAGAAUUGACUUUAGCAGACCGGAGUUAUAUGUUAUGUGA